CUACUCUCGGUUCGAGGAACAUGGAUGAGGAUUCCGCUAUUCUUGCCUGCAUUCUUGCUUAGUAUUCAGGAAUAUGCCGGUCGCGACAGGUUUCUGUUUCUUUUAUCCACACGGAGUCGAGUGAACUCCAGAAUACUCCGUACCAGCAGGGGAUUCAUUCUCUGCAAGAGCACAAUAUAAAAGGAUAUAGGCCGUGUCAUUCAAGUCCUGAUUGAGGCUGAGAACACUUUUUUCCAUGACUACAGGCGUUGUCUCGUGAAGAUAUCAUUUCCCGAGGCUGUUUCUGCCGCGGCCGAAAUCCGUCAUGGCGUCGAUUGCUUUAUGGGACGACCGCCCUCCAUCAACACAAACAGCCACGGUAGCUUUAUAAAGGCCAAUCUCAAACAGGUCCAUUCUCUUCUCGACCUGCUGCCUCUUCGGAAAUUUAUCCAGGAUGUCCACCCCCAAGUCAGAUUACGUCAGUGACGACUGGAAGGACGGCUUGUUCAAAAAUAAGGUCGUCUUCUGUACCGGUGGUGCGGGCACCAUCUGCAGCGCUCAAGUCCGUGCCCUGGUCCAUCUAGGUGCAGAUGCCUGCAUCGUGGGGAGAAACGUCGAGAAGACAGAACGUGCUGCCAAGGACAUUGCGAGUGUUAGAGCCGGCGCGAGAGUCAUCGGUAUUGGCGCGGUGGAUGUGCGGAAAUAUGACAGUCUGAAGGACGCUGCUGAGCGCUGCAUUAAGGAGUUGGGUGGCAUUGACUUUGUGAUUGCAGGCGCGGCAGGAAACUUCCUUGCGUCGAUCAACCAACUUUCCGUGAACGCCUUCAAGUCAGUGAUGGACAUCGAUGUCCUGGGCUCCUACAACACCGUCAAGGCCACCAUUCCGUACCUCGUUGAAUCAGCGAAGAAACACAAAGUUGAUUCCAAAACCCUCCAGCCUUCCCCUGCCGGCACAGGUGGAAGAAUCAUCUUCGUCAGUGCCACGCUCCACUACAGAGGAUCACCCUUCCAGACGCAUGUGGCUGUCGCCAAAGCCGGAGUGGAUGCGCUGUCGAACAAUGUGGCUAUCGAAUUUGGCCCUCUGGGAGUAACUUCCAAUGUCAUUGCUCCUGGACCGAUUGCACAAACGGAGGGUCUCGAACGUCUCCUCCCGCCGGAUGUCAAAGAAAUGUACACCAAAUCGCAACCACUUGGUCGGCUGGGAUCUGUCAGAGACAUCGCCGAUGCGACGGUAUAUCUCUUGUCGAACACUGGAAGCUAUGUAAAUGGACAAUUAUUAGUUGGUAUGUUCAGGGUGGAUCAUAUUGUUUAUGCUCCCUGCAGCCGACGGACGACUAACUGGAAUGAUUAAUCCUACAGUUGACGGUGGCUCCUGGCGCACCAGCGGCGAUUUCUCGUACCCGGACUUCUUGUUGGCAGGAGGAGAAUUUGAAGGAGUGAAGGGGAAGAAAUCGAAACUUUGACUGACUCUUUGCUGGCCGAUUGAUCAUAUACCCCGGGCUUGAUCUCACCUCUUGAGGUACCAACUCUAAAUUUACAUUCCUUAUCUUAUAUUAAUUCUCAUAGUAAAUCCCAUGUCAGAAUUAAGAGUCGACCAAUUAUUAUAGAGUAGAACUGGAGAACUGGGUAUUUCCACUCUGCGACACUGGACUGCGGGGAUAGACCAAGGCUGUGAUACCUUCUGAAGAGACCCAGG